AUGCAUGCAUCUGCCACCGUCUUUGGGCCAGCCAGCCGAUAUGCGCCAUUAGACGAGGUAUUCGGCACGCUGAUUGGCUGCUACGCGAAAGAACCGAGGAAGGAAGUUCUCGGGCGUCGAGAAGGCUUUGGCCCGGAUGGACCUCUGCUGGCACCUUCUUUUGCUGUAGCUCGGCCUAUUGAUGACCACGACGACCACGCAUUGCGAUACUACAACGAUCGGUUCAUCGAGGAGGAGACGGACAAGGGGGUUGGAGCGAGUAGGGGGUGGAAUAGUCGAGAGGCAGAAGAAUACAUGACUUCAGUCGCAGAGAAGAUACGGACUUCGAGUCGACUGGGCUGGGAACACGUUACGCCUCAUGAGGGGCUGUUCGGGUUCACGGCUCCCCCCUCCUCUUCCCCUUCUAAAUAUAUGGACGCCGAAAUGGACAUCCCCCUCUUCUUCCGCGUGUCUACCAUGGCCGCUCUGUCGACCAGCACGCUGCUUCCGCUCGACAAUGUGAUGAGCUUGGAAAUGGGUAAAACUGCGCCGGGGUUCGACCCGAUCAACGUUCCCGAUGUGGUCCGAUUGCGAUCCGAACAAGACUGCGAUGGGGCCUUUGAAUUGCUCAUCUCGAUCCUGCGCCAGCCAGAAUUGGGUUUAUAUAUUCGACACAUCGACAUUCUCAGAGACACGCAGUUUCAUGGAUGGUACAAGCCCACCCCGUACCAGCGAUACAUAACCGAAGAAGAUGGGUUGCUGCUACGAUUAGCUGUUCGAAACGCGGGAUGGUAUGGUGCAGAGGAAGAGUUGAUUAUCAACAUGCUGCUUCAACGCCAAUUCGACGUAGACUUCUCCAAUGGUUUUCAUUCAUCCCGUGCCCGUGGUGGUCGACAUACUCGCGGCUCGCACAUGAUCCAAUCCUUGGCAGCUCUCCUCAUGUCCGUCUGUCCUAACCUAGAAUCAUUAAAGAUACGUCCAAUAGGCCGAUUCAUGAAAGAAGGCUAUCCACCUUUACCUCUCGAGCAAUUCCUGUUACGUUCCACCAGCAUAUUUAACUCGUUGUUUCUCCAAAGAUUACGGCGCGUCGACUUGCUCCAUACCGACGAUGCGCUUGAUAAUGACCCAUUAUACUUUAACCGCUACGACCUAUUAUAUCACAUGUCGCUCUUCCACCAGUUACCUUCCAUCGAGCACGUCUGCGUGGGGGGAAUGGAGAUUGACGAGAACGGCCGCGAAGACAUCGCCCCGUUUUCGUCCAAUCUUGACAAAAUUGAGCUUCUUCAUUCUGUUCUGCCGACCAUGUUUCUCUGCUCAGUCAUAGCAUCCUCGAAAAAACUUCGACAAUUCACACACUCUGUCGGUGGACGGGCCACGCAAGAUACGGGCAAUUGGCACAUGGCCUUUCCUGCUAUAUUAAGGGCACUACUUAUCCAUCGCGAAUCACUAGAAUCACUCAAUCUCGACACAGACGCAGACUACUCGGAUGAACUCCAACGAGAGGAAUUUGAAGAGUACCUCUGUGACUCACAUGAAACAGAAAUCGACGAAACAGACGAAGAACUACAGGCAUUUAUAAAUCAGAAAUCAGUGGUUGAACUCGUCUUUACACAAAUGGGUUGUCUUCGAAAUUUCACAGCUCUGCGGAGACUGAGCAUCGGGGUGCGAUGUCUUUUUGAAAUGGCAAAUGGCACCACCAGCGACUUUGCCGCCUCCAACAUGCCUCUUACUGACAUCCUUCCUCCGAAUUUGGAGUCUCUAUCCAUUCGCGGCUACCAGCCUGGUUUGAACUCAUACUAUGACGCCCAUUUACACGAUCUGUUUCAAAAGUUUGUUGCUGGACAACUCGGCUCACUGAAAGAGAUUAAUGGUAUCAGCGAAUAUAUCCCGAACUCGGAGACCGUGCAUCUUGAUGAUGUGGAUAAUAACCCGGAACUGGUGUGGAUAGACGAGAGGGACGCCAUUGUUUAG